AUGAAUUCAAAAACACUUGAAAUUUUAAACUUAUUAGAAGAAAAGUCAUUCAAACAAAGUGAAAAAUUAAUUAGUGUAGGGUUAAAAAGUAAAAAAAAUGAAAAGCUUUAUUUACUUUUAAAAUGUUUACUACUUUCUUAUGUUAAUGAAAUAAAGGAAUGCAAACAAAUUUUAGAUGAGGUGGAAAUAGAUGUUUAUGAUGAAAAUAUAUUUUUUAUUUUAGUUAAUAUUUAUACAAAUUUAAAUAAUGGGGAUAAAUUAAUUAGCUUAUAUGAACAGAAAUUAAAAGCAACAGAAGAACUUAGUAAAAAUAAUAAUAUAAAAAUUGUAAAUAAGGCAAAAUUAGAUCUAGAAAAGAUUUUAAAAAAUUUAUUUGAAUUUUGUCUUAGUGUAAGUUUUUUUAAGAAAAGCAGUAACUUAUCAUUAAAAUUAUUUAAGAACACUAAUGAAUCAAAAUACUUAUUUUAUAAUGCAUAUUUAUUGUAUUUGAAUAAUUCAGAUAAUAAUACACAGGUUUAUAAUUUAUGUUUAAAUUUUUUAAAAAAUUAUAAAUAUUUAAAUAAUGGCAAAAUAACUGAAAGUUUUUCUUUUUUUUUGAUAUUAUUUUUUCUAAACAUAAAAAUGAGAAAUUUUAAUGAAUGCAUAAAAAUAAUUGAAUAUGCAAAAACGAAUAAUUUUUUUUUACAUCCGUUACAUUAUUAUGUUUAUAAGUUAUAUGCAUAUUUUAUUUUUCAAAAAUUUCAAGAAUAUAUAAAUAUAUUAGUUGAUUUAAUUAAAGAAAUACCAGAAAAUACUGACUAUUAUAUUCUAUAUAUAGAUACCACCAUUUAUUUGUUAAAUAAAGAUGUAUCUUUUUUAUUUGUAGAUGUUUUUAAAUAUUAUAAAAAUGAAUUAAUGUAUCUAGAAUUUUUUCAAAAGUCUUUUAUAAAUGCUUUUACUAAAAAAAAUAAAGUAUUUCCUAAAAAUAUUCAUGAUUUUUGGAGUAGUAUCAUAGGAACAAAUAAUUCACAAGAUUUUUUUAAUGAAAUGAUUCAAUAUGUAAUUUUAUUAUAUGAAGAAAAUAAAGGAAAAAAUUCUUUUGAGAAUAUAAUAAAUAAAAUAGAAUUAGAUGUUGAAUUUUACAAAAAAAAUAUUAUUAAAAUAUAUGAAGAGCAUGAUGUAAAAGUAUAUAUAUAUGUAUUAUUUUUAUUUUUAUUAAAAGAAAGCAAAAAUUAUAAUUUAUUUUAUUCUAUUAAAAACCAUUUGAGCUUUUUAAGAGAUGAUAUGAUAAGUAUCUUAAUAGUUUUUAUAAAAAUUAUUUUAAAAAUGUUAUAUCCGUGUAUUAAAAAUGAAUUAAAAUAUUUAAUAUCUUUAAAUAAAGAUGAAAAAGAAAUAAGAAAAAAUAUAAAAAAAAAGAUUUUUCAAUACUAUAAGCAGAUAUAUAAUUUUGAAAAAUUAUUAUAUCUAUUGUAUAAAAAAGAUAUUAAUGAUUCAUUCAAGAGACUUUUUAAUAUUUUUAUCCAAGUAACUAAUAAUAUUAAUGUGAGAGAUGAUAACGUAGUCAUACUGUUGGUUGAAAUGGCUUUAUAUUUGGAUAAAUAUAAUGUAUGUAAAGAUGAGUAUAAAUGCAAUAUUAACUAUAUUACUUAUAUUCAUAAUGCAUCUAAUAUUGAUAAUUUAAAUUUUGGCAGUUGUAAGAAUAUUGACGAUUAUAUAAGUAAAAUUGACGAUUAUGAUAAUGAGACUGAUGAAAAUAUAUCAAAAUAUAAUUUUGAAAAUUUUCAUAAUUCUUUUGCUAAUAUAUAUGAAGAAAAAUGUUCAUUAAAAAAAAAAGUUAAUGUAAAACUAAUAAAUAGAGGUUAUUAUAUUGUAGCACUUAGUAUAUUAAAAUAUUCAUAUAAUUAUCGGUUGAAAAUGACAGAAAAAGAAAAUAAAAAAAAGAAAAAAAAAAGCACUUUAAAUAAUGAUUAUAUAAAUGUGAUAGUUUUAAUGAUUUAUCUUAACAAUGUUAUUGGAAACUUUUCUAAUUUUUCUAUGUUGAUUGAUAAGUUACAUAUAAAAAAUAUACAACUAAUAACAUAUAGUCCAAUUUUAUUUAUUCAUACCUACAGCUAUUCUUAUUAUAAUUAUGUUGAUGGUUUAUUAAAGAUUAUUUUAAAUUACUAUUAUGUUCAACAAAGUAACUUAAAAAAUUCUAUAUCAAAAUGUUUUCAAAAUAAUUCUUUUUUUAAAAUUAAUGAAAUUGUUAAUUCAUACUUCUUAAAUUCAUCUAAUAUUAUUUUUUACUUUAUUAAAUUGUUAUAUAUUUUUAAAAAACAAAUAGAAGCAUCAAAAGGUGAUUUCCAUUUUAAUUUAUUUAAUAGUUUGAAAAACAAUUAUAUAAUACAUAAUGAAUAUACAACAAAAUUCCCUUUAAAAAAUUUUAAUACAAAAAUUAAUUCUGUUAAAAAUAAGAAUGACAAAACAAAUAAUGUAGGCAAAGGUACUAAGGCAACUAAAGAUAUGAAUAAUGUUAAUAAUAUUAAAAUUAAUGAAAACGUUGAAAAUAGUGUAUAUAACAAUGAAAUAAUUAAAGAUGAAGUAAAUAAUGUAGAAAAUAAUGAAUUACAUUUAAGUUAUAAUAAUGAUAAAAAUAGUAAUAAAUCUAGAAAUAUUAAUAAAAAUAACUUUAUGCAAUUAUUACAAACAUUAAAUGAAGAUAUAGUUCACGAUGAUCAUUCUUUUAAGGCAUUUUAUUCUAAGUUGAUGUUGGAUAAUUAUCACUUUUUAACUAUAGAUAAUCAAGCAAUAUUAAUUAAACUUAGCAUUCCAUCAUUUCGCUUUUCUUAUUAUAAAUCGUUUGAUACAUUUUUUUAUAAUAGUAUACUAUAUGAAUCACUAAGUAAUAUAACGGAUUUCGAAUUUUUAAAGGAUAUGAAGGUUAUGAAUCCAAUUGAAGCAAAUAAUAUUUAUAUGCUUAAAGAUAUAAAACCAAUUUACCCUUUAAUAAUUUUAUCAAAUUUUUAUAAUUUGAAGGGUAGUUUGUAUUUAAUGAAUCAUGAACAUUUAUUAAAUUCGAGAAAUUUCAAUGACAUAUUACGAUGUAAGACAAUAGGGGAUUAUUUAAAUAAUGACGAAAAUAACAUUUCUAAUGAAAAAAUAAAAAUAUUAACAAAUUACAGAAUUAAUGAGCAUGAAGUAAAUUUCUUUACUAGUUAUAACACAUAUAUAAGUUUUGAUAAAGAUAAUUAUUUAUAUAAGAAUAAAUUCAUUUUUAAUCAUUAUAUAAAUAAUUUAAAUCUUAAUGAAUUUUCUAUUAUAUCCCCAUUUAAUACUUGUUUAACAGAUUUAUUUAAUUAUCCACUUCUAACUAUUUACUUAAAUUCUAUUAUUUUAAAUACUGUUAUGUAUAUUUUUCAUAAAUCAUUUAAUUUUUAUUCUCUUGAUGAUUCAAAAAAAAAAAAAGUAAUGAAUAAAGUUAAGUGUUCUUUUUUCUAUUUAAUAUAUAUAAUUAAUUAUUACGAAUUAAUAGAAUAUGAGUGUGAAGUGUCUAAUGAUGCUGAACAUUUGCCUAAUAAAAACAAUGAAGAAAAUGUUUUUCAUAAAAUAGAUCAUAAUGAGGAUAAAAAUGGUGAAUUGUAUUUAUGUACAGAAAUGGCAAGUGGAGAGAAAAAUAUGCGUAAUAGGGAGUUUAUUUUUAAUAACGAAUUUAAUAACUUGUAUUAUGAUGAUUACCAAAUAAUGCAAGCAGUAUAUCAUAACGAUUUUUAUAGUAGAGGUGCUUCAUUAUAUUAUAAAUGUUUAAUAUUAAUUUUAAAUAUGUAUAUAAAGAUACUAAGUGAGAGUGAUGUUAAAGAAUUAAUUGGUAAAAUACAAUUAUUAUACAAUAGCAUAUACUUUCAUUUAUAUAAAGAUAUAAAUAUUUUUAAACAAAUUUUAAUUAGUGAUAAAACAUAUCAAAUAAUAAAUUUAUCAUGUGUAUUUAAGCAGUAUAAUUAUCUUAUACAUAAUAUUACUAUCUUUUCAUUAAUAAUUCAAUAUAUAUAUCAAGGGAGAAAGAAAAUUUCCAACGAAAAUAAUUUAUUAAUCAAAGAUUUAAUUAAUGCAAUUUUUUCUAUAUUAUCUGAAUUAAAUAAAGAUUUGUAUUAUUUGUUAGAAAUUUUAAAUAAUUACAAUCCUUUAGCAUCUUCAAUUUUAGAAAAUUUUGAAUUUGAAUUGAUAAAUGAAAUUUCUUCUUUUUAUAAACAACUGAUUUUGAAUUUGUACAAUAUAAUUAAUAAUAAAUUAAAUAUCAUAAAAACAUAUCUAUAA